AACGCCUCCGUGACGAGGUCACUGUGGUCCUCAACUCAGCCGGCGACAUUUCACUCCAACGAUCACUCUCAGCGUCGAUACAGGUCAAUUGUGUCGCUCACUUGGCGUUGAUGGAUCUCUGUAGAAGCUUCAGCCACCUUCAAACAUUCCUGCACGUUUCGACUACGUCCGUGAACUACUUCCUGCCAGCGGGAGUCAUCGAAGAGCGUCUGUACUCGGUACGUGACAAUGAGCCGGAACCAAAUGUGCAGCUCUCGACUAUCCAGGAGACAGGGAGAUCAGACUUGGAAGACGCUUUCCCAACUCCGUAUGCCUUGGCCAAACAUAUUGCGGAGAAGGUAAUCCUCAGUCAGGCCGACUGGCCUUUUCUCGUUCUCAUCGUGCGGCCAUCGCUGUUCAGUCCUGCCUUGCGCGACCCGUAUCCACUAUACGGAUCAAACGAGUCAAUCCUGAAGACCCUAGGCAUGAGCAUGGGCUCCCACUGGUCUCCCUCCCGACUGCUCCAGGGAUUCGGAGAAGAGACCAUCUUGGAUGAGAUCCCCGUUGACCUGGUGGCCAACACCUGCUUGGCUCAUCUUGCGGCCGGGUCGGGGGGGAUCGUGCACGCCGCUGCGAACCUCUAUAUGCCACGGAAGCUUGGUGAUAUCGCUGUUCAGUGCCACCGAUACGUACCCGUCGAUCUGAUUGAAAGGAUUUCUAAAGGUGGCGACCCUACAGGUGCCGAGGAUCUGGGGCCUCUUUCUUUCCGCAUAUUGCUGCGACAUGCUCGAACUUGGAGAAUCGAAUGCCACCGGUCUCAGCAUCUGCAAAGAAGUAAGAAUCCUGCACUAGGGCUCAGCCUCGAGGGACACGACUUCGAGGCUUUCAUGCAGCAGCGCUGCGAACUUAUGGCGAAAAUCAUUGCUCGCCAGCUAAGUCAGGCCGGAUGAUCGAUCCUCGUUGCACCAAAGGAACGGUCGGUGGACUUUCCCCCUUGGUAGAUAUGCG